AUGGAGGGUGUUCCGAAACAAGGAGUUCCCUGUGUAUUGAAACGCCGCAAAGGAGUAUUAAUUCUUGAGAUUGAGAAUUAUGGUGUUGUUAAUGUAUCUGAUGAGAAGUGUUUGAAGGGUUUGUGUACAAAUUACACCACCAAAAAACACCACAAGCACCACCACAAAGCCGGGAACAAAACACAGAACGUCCAAGAAAAACCGUCAAAAGAAACUAAAAAUGAAAUUAAACAAGAAAAGAACGAAAAAAAAGAAAAACAGCCACAAGAAGUCGAAGUCGUCCAACCCGAAGAAAAUAUUAAGAAACCACACAAAAUGGAGGAAAAGGACACGCAAUUUGUGAAAGAAAAAGAAGCACCAAAACUUGAAGGAGAGAAGAUUGCAGACGUUGUUGAAAAUGACAAAGAAAAUGACAUGGAUGAGGAAUCCCCACAAAUUCUUCCCGAGCAAAAUCUUGAGGUAGGACAAGAUUUAGUGGAAACUAAAACGGACCAUCAAAAUGACAACGGGUCGGAACAACCCGGCAAAAAGUUGAAAAAAGUCCAUCCCAUUCCGCGAGAUACUAAAAAGCCUGCCAAAGCCAAAGUUCAACAGAAAAGUGAGAAGAAGAUUGAGAUGGAGAAUAAAGAAACGCCACAAGAGCGUCACGAGGAGGAGUUAAAUGAAGAAGAAGAGGAAGAACGAGUCAAUUUCGUGGCGGAACGAGGGAUGUUAACUAAUGGGACCAAUGACUUAGAACUCGACAAACAGAUCGCCAAAGGCUAUUUGUAUGUGAACACGGGCAAGAUGCAAGACGCAAUUAAACACUUCGACCAACUCCUUAAAGCACACCCGGAAUUAAUCGCGGGGUAUUUAGGACGUGGAAGUGCACGCGCGAUGAGCGGGGACUUGAAAAGGGCGUUGACCGACUUCGACAAAGCCGUCAAGAUCAACGCGAAAUGUGCGGACGCGUAUAAACGACGUGGACAGGUCAAAGCGGCGCUUGGGAACGUCAACGGAGCUUUAGAUGACUUCACGCAAGCGAUUAAAUUGAGUCCCGAAGAAGCGGAUUCAUACCGACAAAGAGGGUCACUGUUUCAUUCUCUUGGCGUGUUCGACAAGGCUUCCGACGAUUUAAAGAAGUCAUUGAAAUACGCUCCGGGGGAUGCCCAAGUUAUUAACGAGUUAGCGUUAUGCUUCAAUGGGAUGGGAUUAGUCGACGAAGCUAUUAAUGCGUACACGCGAGCGAUUAAUGCUAAAGAGAAUUAUGCGGAUCCUUAUAUCCAUUUAGGACAGUUAUAUAGAGAUAUGGGGUGUUACAUUCGAUCAAAACAAAUGUUAGAAAAGGCGAUGAAACUUGCUCCGACUAAUCACUUAUCGUAUUAUGUGUUGGGCAAUGUCUUAGUCUCGUCGGGUAGACAUCGAGAAGCGCUCCCAUUCCUUCAAAAGUCGAUUGAGUUGUGUCCGAAAGACAAUUGUGGGGAAAUUGUUCGUAUGUGCGCCGCAGCUUAUUUGGCAUUAGGGCAGAAUAGGUUGUGUCUUCAGAUGUCGAAACUUGGGAGUGAAGCGAAAGACAAUGCCUCGUGGUAUUACGGGGAGUUGGCCAAAUACUCUGCCAUGAUGUUAGAUAAGAAGUUCCUUGAGUACGACAUCGAGUGGUUCCCAUCACAAUGGAAAGUCAAUUUCGCAAAGAGACUUCCAAACACUAAUGUCACUAAGUAUCCUACGGGAACCAAAUUACAACCUAUUACAACACCAGAUAUUGAGGCUAAAGAUUCUAUCAAGCAAGAUUUGGUCAUGAAAUUGUUAAGUCCUGCAGUGAAGAUCGGAGAGAAGAUGCAAUACAACGAAAUAGGGUUUGGGAAGAAUGGGAGACAGUACUUGUGUUGUGGGUUAGCUUCGAUCUACUACGCACAAUUAUUGAAAAGUGGGGAGCGCCCCGAAUGGAGAGACUUGGCAGAGAUAGUCGUGAAGUUUAGACAAAUUGCAGAGCCCGCAGAUGGCGCAAUUUGGAUCAACAAGUUGACCAAACAACAAUUUGAAGAUGGCUUUGGGUCGAACACGACAUUGAAGACUGCGCAGACUCGUGUUGCUCGCUAUUGGCCAAUGUUCCCAAGGACCUUUGCACUGUUCAAGAAAUUGUUUACUGAGCAAACCAACUUCCCAGCCGAUAAGAAAGAGCGAGUGAAUGCCACUGAUGAUGUCGAUGAAGUUCGUAAGAUCAUUAAUCGUGAUAAUUACUACAUGACCACAAUCUGUCGCAAUGAAGCCGGUGACAAAUUAGAAGGAACCUGGUUAUUAAUCGAGAAGAGUGAAUUGGGUAGUAUGUUCUCCAUUAAGACUCCAUGCCUUCCAAAGCGUUUCAAUUCAUUCGACAAAGAGCUUAAAAGCGCUUUAGACAAAUUUUAUACUGUCAUUGAUUCUAAAGACAAAGACAAAGUCCUCGAUGCCGUGUUACGUUACUGUUACUUGUGGUUCAACUUCAUGCCAUUAACUCGUGGGACAGCUGCUUGUGGAAUGUACUUCCUCUUCGGUUUACUCUUAUCGGCAGGAUUCAAACAAGUCGGUACUAUUCCCCAGUCCUUCCAGUGUGAUUGGGAGGCUCUUCUUACUGAAACGCAGAACGAGUACAUCGUUAAAAUGAAGACUUGGAUCAAACUCGAAGAAUUCGAUGUUCUUCAACUUCCCCGUGUUCUUGAAGUGUUACCCAAUUAUAGAGAUGUUAUCAUGGCUCUUAACAUCUCCCCACUUUUAGUGCCACUUUGUUGA